AUGAGCGAAGAACAAGAUAGUACACAGUUAUCUGUAGAGAACAUCCUAAGCGAUGUUUACGCUAGAAGGAAAUCCUCUAAAACCCAGCCCAAAAUCGAUAUUCAAGAUAUAGAUGAACUUAGAGAAUUGCAAGGAAGAAAACGCAAAGAGUUUGAAUCUUACCUUAAAAGGAAUAGACUGGAUAUGAGACAAUGGCUACGAUAUGCUUCCUUCGAAUUGGAACAACAUGAUAUGAGACGUGCAAGAUCCGUAUUUGAAAGAGCCCUCUUAGUUAAUGGCGCACAUAUUCCAUUAUGGAUUAGAUACAUUGACUCAGAAAUAAAAUAUAAAUAUCUAAAUCAUGCUAGAAAUAUUUUAGAUAGAGCUAUCACUACAUUACCGAGAGCUGAUAAACUAUGGUAUAAAUACCUAUUUUUAGAGGAAUCUUUAGAAAACUGGGAGAUUGUUAGAUCGUUGUUUAAUAAAUGGUGCUCGUUAGAACCAGAAAGAGGAGCAUGGAUUUCAUACAUUAAUUUUGAAAUACGACAACAGAAAUAUGAUAAUGUUAGAGAUAUCUAUGAAAAAUUUGUAUUAGUUUAUCCCGAAGCUGAAACAUGGUUAGAGUGGGUGAAAUUUGAAUCCAUAUAUGGUUCCGUAGAAUCUAUUAGAAAUAUCUAUUCAAUGGCUUUGGACACACUUAUAUUGUAUGAAUCUACCAUGACACAAAGUGAACAUUAUGAACAAGGAAUAACUAAACUAGCGCUAUCAUUUGCUCAAUGGGAAAUAUCUGAAAGAGAGUAUGAAAGAGCUGCAACUAUUUAUAAGAUUUCUCGAGAUAAAUGGCCUAAUGACCCUACAGUGAUUAAGAGCCAGGAUGAAUAUAAUAAAAGUUUUGGCAGUGUAUCAGACAUUAAUGAUACUUUAAUUGCAAAAAGAAAAAUCAAUUAUGAAAAUGAGUUGGAGAAUGAUGUUUUGAACUAUUAUUCGUGGAUGCUUUAUAUUGAUUUGAUACAAAAAUAUUACUCCAAAGAUAUUAUCAAUGUAUUUGAAAGAGCUGUGACAACUUCGAUACCGAAUCAAAAAAGGGUUAAAAAUGCUCAAUGGAGACGGUACAUCUACUUAUGGAUAAGGUACUUCACAUUUAUGGAAUUAGAUAAGAAUGACGUUGAAGGUUGUAGAAUACUGUAUAAGAGAUGCCUGAACAAAAUUGUUCCACAUAGUGCCUUUACCUUCAGUAAAAUUUGGAUAAUGUAUAGUGAAUUCGAAAUCAGACAGAAUAACCUUCCAUUAGCAAGAAGAAUUCUUGGAAGGGCAAUAGGGAUGUGCCCUACAAAAAAAUUGUUUAAAAACUACAUUAAAUUGGAACUGAAGUUAAGAGAAUUUGACAGAGUCCGAAAAUUAUAUGAAAAAUAUAUCGAAUAUACACCUUCAGAGAAAAAUGUUUGGUUAGAAUAUUCGAAAUUGGAAGAAAAUUUAGGAGAUGAAGAGCGAGCUCGUGGUAUUUUCAAACUUUCUGUACAAGAUAAUGUAACUGAUAUGCCCAUCGUGUCUCAGCUAUCCAUACUGGACAAAUUUAUUGAGUUUGAAACGGAGGCACAAGAGUACGACAAUGCACGAUCGUUGUAUGAGACUUACCUUCGCAAAGGCAAUUAUGCCCCUAAAAUUUGGAUCUCUUAUGCAAUGUAUGAAAGUUCUGUGCCAACUGCUACUCAGUUGAUAGAGUUAUACGGAAAUAACGACAGUGACUCUGAAGAAAGUAGUGACGAAGAUGAUGUAGAGUUUAAACCAACAGAGGAAAAUUUUGAUAGAGCCAGAAAAAUUUAUGAACGAGGGUUAGAGUAUUUUAAAGAGAGGGAGGAUGGAAAAAAUAGAUUUAUCUUGUUCCAAUCUUAUGAAGAAUUUGAGGAAAAAUUUGGCACUAUAGAAACCAAAAAACAACUUACAGAGAAAGCACCAAAGGCAGUUUUAAGAGUAAGACAUCAAAACGGAAUCCAAAAGGAAUACACUGAUUAUGUAUUUCCAGACGAUUCCUCUACUGCUGGAAAGAUUAACGUAUCUCGUUUUCUGUCGUUUGCAAAGAAAUGGAAAGAAGAAGAAGAGAAAGAAGGAGAUACUCAAUAA